UCUUCGCGUGACCCGCAGCUAGAACGCGACGUCCAUCUAUCCGUCGUCAUUUAACAAGUUUUCAUUCGAUGCGUCAACACGCUGUGUACAUAUAAACAUUGUGCUAGAUUCACCCAUUUCGUUCGAUGUUCCGCGAAUUGCAUUUUCUAGCGCUGUAAUUGGUCACACUAGUACUUAUCUCCAUACUGGGACAAGACGGCGCUGUGACCAUGAUUCCCAUCGCUCCAAUCCAGUUACGUGUGUUCGACUCUCCAGGGAUGACCGAUUCCAAGUACUUCACCACCACCAAGAAGGGCGAAAUCUUCGAGCUCAAGUCCGAGCUUAACAAUGAUAAGAAGGAGAAGAAAAAAGAAGCAGUCAAGAAGGUCAUCGCUAGUAUGACGGUUGGCAAGGACGUAUCCGCACUAUUCCCGGACGUUGUCAACUGCAUGCAGACAGACAAUCUGGAGCUGAAAAAGUUGGUCUAUCUUUAUCUGAUGAACUAUGCAAAGUCGCAGCCCGAUAUGGCCAUCAUGGCUGUCAACACUUUCGUAAAGGAUUUGCCACAUUCUCAACUUGUUAAGGACUGUGAGGAUACGAACCCGUUGAUCCGAGCGCUUGCCGUUCGAACGAUGGGCUGCAUUCGGGUGGACAAGAUCACCGAGUAUCUGUGCGAACCCCUGCGCAAGUGUUUGAAGGACGAGGAUCCGUACGUCCGUAAAACAGCGGCUGUGUGCGUUGCUAAGUUGUACGACAUUUCCAGCUCGAUGGUCGAGGACCAAGGUUUUUUGGAUCAACUGAAGGAUCUUCUAUCGGACUCCAAUCCGAUGGUCGUCGCGAAUGCCGUUGCCGCGUUGAGCGAAAUAAACGAAGCAUCGGCUAGUGGCCAACCGCUGGUCGAAAUGAAUUCUGCGACCAUCAACAAACUGCUCACCGCGCUGAAUGAGUGUACCGAAUGGGGACAAGUUUUCAUUUUGGAUUCCCUUGCUAAUUACACUCCCAAGGACGAACGUGAAGCCCAAUCUAUCUGCGAGCGCAUUACGCCUCGUUUAGCUCACGCGAACGCCGCUGUGGUGUUGAGUGCCAUCAAGGUUCUGAUGAAGUUGCUGGAAAUUCUUGCCUCAGACAGUGAUUUCUGUGCAAUGCUAACCAAAAAACUCGCACCUCCGCUGGUUACCUUGCUAAGCUCCGAACCUGAGGUUCAGUAUGUCGCGCUGAGAAACAUCAACCUUAUUGUGCAGAAGCGUCCCGAUAUCUUAAAACACGAGAUGAAGGUGUUCUUUGUGAAAUAUAACGAUCCUAUCUACGUAAAACUGGAGAAACUUGACAUUAUGAUUCGUUUGGCGAAUCAGAGCAACAUUGCGCAGGUUUUGAGUGAGUUGAAAGAAUACGCCACUGAAGUGGAUGUAGAUUUCGUGCGUAAAGCAGUCCGAGCUAUUGGACGUUGUGCCAUCAAGGUAGAACCAUCAGCUGAACGUUGCGUCUCUACGCUACUAGAUUUGAUUCAAACAAAGGUUAACUACGUCGUUCAGGAAGCUAUUGUAGUCAUCAAGGACAUCUUCCGUAAGUAUCCUAACAAAUAUGAAAGUAUUAUCAGCACUUUGUGCGAGAAUUUGGACACUUUGGACGAACCGGAGGCCAGGGCCUCCAUGGUCUGGAUCAUUGGUGAAUAUGCCGAACGUAUCGACAACGCUGAUGAACUAUUGGAUAGUUUCUUGGAAGGAUUCCAGGACGAAAACGCACAGGUUCAGCUGCAACUGUUGACUGCUGUGGUCAAGCUUUUCCUUAAACGUCCAGCCGAUACCCAGGAGCUUGUUCAGCAUGUUCUCUCAUUGGCCACGCAAGAUUCCGACAAUCCGGAUCUUCGAGAUCGUGGCUUCAUUUACUGGCGUUUAUUAUCCACCGAUCCCGCUGCUGCCAAGGAAGUUGUACUUGCUGACAAGCCAUUGAUUUCCGAGGAAACUGAUCUGCUUGAACCAACUCUUCUGGAUGAGCUUAUUUGUCAUAUUAGUUCUUUGGCGAGCGUCUAUCACAAACCACCAACCGCAUUCGUUGAAGGUCGUGGCGCAGGCGUUCGAAAGAGUCUACCGAACCGUUCAGCAUCGGCUGCGGGAGAAGAAGCCGUACCAGAAGCAACUGUUAUUCCUAAUCAAGAAUCCCUCAUCGGUGAUCUUUUGUCGAUGGAUAUUGGAGCUCCGGCUGCACCGGCCGCUCCAGCUGCUAACACAAGCAAUGUGGAUCUUUUGGGUGGCGGUCUCGAUAUCCUGUUAGGUUCUAACAUAAACGAAACUGCCAAUAAUGCCGCUGCUCCAGCUGGUGGUGCUGCAGCUGCUGCUGGCGGGGCUGGUGGAUUGUUAGGAGAUAUUUUCGGAAUCGGCCCAGCAGCUGCUACUAACAUGAUUCAAAUCCCGAAGAUCACCUGGCUCCCUGCGGAUAAGGGCAAAGGUCUCGAAGUGCAAGGAACCUUCUCCCGCCGUAACGGUCAAAUAUUCAUGGACAUGACCUUCACCAACAAAGCCAUGCAAGCAAUGACUGGAUUCGCAAUUCAGCUAAACAAAAACAGUUUCGGGCUAGUUCCAUCUGCGCCUCUCCAAGUGGCACCCCUCCAGCCGUCUCAAUCCACCGAAGCAACACUCUCACUGGGAACUACCGGCCCGGUGCAAAGGAUGGAACCGCUCAACAAUCUUCAAGUUGCUAUCAAAAACAACGUAGACAUUUUCUACUUUGCAUGUCUAGUGCACGGCAACGUCCUGUUCGUUGAAGACGGUCAACUGGACAAACGGGUGUUUUUAACCACAUGGAAAGAGAUCCCUGCGGCCAAUGAAAUUCAGUUUAACCUGCACGGAAUUGCUGGAACGGCUGAUACCGUUGCGGCAAAAAUGACCGCCAACAGCAUAUUUACCAUUGCGAAGCGCAAUGUUGAAGGGCAGGACAUGCUAUACCAAUCGCUUAAAUUAACUAACAACAUCUGGGUGCUGCUGGAGUUGAAACUGUCGCCUGGAAGUCCGGAUGCCACGCUCAGUUUAAAAACGCGUUCGGUCGAAGUGGGAUCGAUCAUAUUCGCUGCAUAUGAGCAGAUUAUUCGAUCACCCUAAGCACUCCCAGAAGCGUUAAAUAUUACUGAACAAUUUCUCUGAAAGUAUCUUAGGGUUAUACAUAUUCCUAAUUGUACUACACUAAUCAAUACGUGGAAGGUAUGCUUCCACAGUGGGGACACGUUUAAUUCAUUCUAAGCGCAAUACAUAUUCCGUUAUGAUGGCACAGAAUUGUGACUCAACUCAUUAUCUAGACAUAGGUAUAACAACGCGAUUAUGAUAGUUAUAAUACUAUAUCCGCAUAUUACUGACGCGAAAGAAUGUUUAUUUGUUGAUUAAUUGUGAAAUACACAUUAUAGGAACGACUCCAUAUAACAGUAUAUAUCAGUACUAACUUCAGUAAAUAUUAUAGAAAUAAAAAAACAGUGAAUAAACAUUCAUAAGUUAUAAACAA